UGUUUGUUAUACCUGAAUGUUCUCCACAAUUGAAGCCUGUGAUUGGUCAGAAGUUCCAAUCCCUAGAUUUUGCAUUUGCGUUUUAUGAUGUGUAUGCCCGCGCUGUUGGGUUUGAUACGCGAAAACAAGGUAUGAGGAAGGCGACGGAUGGUGUUACUACUUGGCGGCUUUCCAAGCGAUGUGGUUGUAAAGCUUCUAUAUCCUUCAAGUACUUUUCCGAAGCAGGAAUACCGGGAUAUAUUAUUCACGAGUUCAACGAGGUUCACAACCAUUGUAUGGUGGAGUCGGAGCAUCAGCAGUUUAUGACACUUAACCGGAAGUUGGAUGACGUACAUCACAAAUUCAUUCUUGACUGUUCCAAGGCUAAUAUAGGCCCCACCCUUACCUUUAAGGUGUUGAAGGAAAUCCUCGGUGGGUUUGAUCUUGUCGGUUGCAAUCUUGGGGAUAUCAGGAAUACAUCUCGCGACAUCAAAGCAUUCGCAUACGGUUGUGACGUGCAGAUGGUGUUGGACGACAUGGCGAAGAAGAAGGAGUUGUCGGAUGCCUUCACAUAUCACUACGAAGUUAAUGCUGCUAACCAGUUGGUUGCCCUUUUUUGGUGUGAUGGUUUGAUGAAGAUGAACUACCAUAUGUUUGGUGACAUAGUGGCGUUUGACUCCACCUACAACACAAACAGGUAUUGCAUGAUCUUCACACCUUUCACGGGGAAGGACAAUCAUGGUAAACCCGUAACAUUUGCUGCUGGAUUGGUCUGCAACGAGAAAACAGGGGCAUUUGCCUGGUUGUUCAAACAUUUCGUCGAAUGCAUGGGUGUAGCCCCCAAAAUGAUUGUGACCGAUCAAGACUUGGGCAUGAGAUCAGCUAUUCAAGAGGUUCUUGUAGGAACUCGACACCGCUGGUGCAUGUGGCAUAUAAUGCACAAGUUGGCUUCCAAGGUUCCAGGCAGGUUGCUUAGGGACGAAGAUUUCAAGAAGGAAUUCAAUGCAUGCGUUUGGUCGGACUUGCUUGAACCCGACGAAUUUGAAGAGGAGUGGAAUGGAGUGAUUGAGCGUUAUGAGCUGGAAGACGUUGAUUGGUUGAACACAUUGUACGAGUAUAGACAGAUGUGGAUACCGGCAUACUUCAGAGAUUUCCCACUCGGUUCGAUGAUUAGGACUACGUCCAUAUCAGAAUCUGAAAACAGUUUCUACAAAAAUUUUAUGAAGCCCCGAGCGAACCUUGCCGAAUUAUACUUGUAUUUCAACAAUGCUCUGGACUUUCAGCGGAAUGCUAGAACAAAGCUGGACUACAACGAUGCUACUUCC